GAAGCGGAAAAAAAAACUCCCGCGGCAUGAGUUUCGUCGCCAUUUUGCAUCAGACCUAUUGAAAAGAGUGAGAUAGCAGACACGGCGGGAUUUGGCCACUUUAUCCUCUUUCAGUACAUUUCCCUCUGGAUUUAUCCCAACAUAAUCCAAGAUAUUAACUGACAGUGUUUCUGCAUCUCUCUACUUCCGUGGUGAUGAAGACAGCCAGCAGGCUCCAGAUCGCUCAUCUUUGACCCAGUUUUGGAUUAAUUUGGCCCCUUACAUCUGCACAGGUCCCGGAGACAUGGCCACGGAGCAUAUAAAUGGAAAUGGUACUGAUGAACCAGUGGAGUCUUCAGUGGCAGUUACCCAUUCAGAGCACUUCCAGACGCUACUAGACGCCGGCUUACCUAGAAAAGUUGCAGUCAAACUAGAUGAGAUUUACAUAGCAGGACUCGUGUCUCACAGCGAUCUUGAUGAUCGAGCGAUUGAAGCCCUGAAAGAGUUCAAUGAAGAGGGUGCACUGCAAGUUCUCCUGCAGUUUAAAGACAGCGACCUGUCGCAUGUUCAGAAUAAAAGUGCCUUCCUCUGUGGAGUGAUGAAGACGUACAGGCAGAGGGAGAAACAGGGGACCAAAGUGUCAGACUCCACUAAAGGACCAGAUGAGGCCAAAAUCAAAGCUUUGCUGGAGAGGACUGGCUAUACGCUUGAUGUGACGACAGGCCAGCGCAAGUAUGGUGGUCCUCCUCCAGGGUCGACCCAUGCUGGAAUUCAGCCCACCGUCGGCACAGAGAUAUUUGUGGGAAAGAUCCCGAGAGAUCUCUUUGAAGAUGAGCUAGUCCCUCUGUUCGAGAAAGCUGGACCCAUAUGGGAUCUGCGUCUGAUGAUGGAUCCGCUCAGUGGGCUGAACCGAGGAUAUGCCUUCAUCACCUUCUGCACUAAAGAGGCGGCUCAGCAAGCCGUCAAACUUUGUAACAACAACGAAAUUCGCCCUGGGAAACACAUCGGUGUGUGCAUCUCUGUUGCCAACAAUCGUCUGUUUGUGGGGUCCAUCCCCAAGAGCAAAACUAAGGAGCAGAUCGUGGAGGAGUUUGCCAAAGUUACUGAGGGCUUGAACGACGUCAUUUUAUAUCAUCAGCCUGAUGACAAAAAGAAGAAUCGCGGCUUCUGCUUCUUAGAGUACGAGGAUCAUAAAACGGCAGCCCAGGCGCGGCGUAGAUUAAUGAGCGGCAAAGUGAAGGUUUGGGGGAAUGUGGUGACAGUAGAAUGGGCUGAUCCCAUAGAAGACCCCGACCCUGAAGUCAUGGCUAAGGUCAAAGUCCUCUUUGUAAGAAACCUGGCCAGCACAGUAACGGAAGAGCUUCUGGAGAAGACGUUCUGUCAGUUUGGCAAACUGGAAAGGGUUAAAAAGCUGAAAGACUACGCCUUCAUCCACUUUGAAGAGCGAGAUAGUGCUGUUAAGGCUCUAGCUGAAAUGCACGGGAAGGAUUUGGAAGGGGAACAAAUUGAAAUAGUCUUUGCAAAGCCACCUGAUCAGAAAAGGAAAGAGCGAAAGGCCCAGAGACAAGCUGCUAAAACUCAAAUGUAUGAUGAGUAUUAUUACUACGGGCCGCCGCAUAUGCAUCCCCCGACGAGAGCAAGAGGACGAGGUGCUAGAGGAGGUUAUUCGUAUCCCCACGACUAUUACAGCUAUGAAGAUUAUUACGAUUACUACGGCUAUGACUAUCACAACUACAGAGGUGGUUACGACGACCCCUACUACGGCUACGAUGACUUUCAAGCUCACGUCAGAGGAAGAGGCAGCAGAGGAGCCCGGGGCCCCACACUGUCCAGGGGCCGCGGCUCCACCGGCAGCAGGGGACGGGCAGGUUUCUCUCAGCGCAUGGGUCCGGGGUCCAGCCGAGGCGGCCGGGGGUCCAGAGGAGGCGUCCAGCAGAGAUGUCGAGUGGGAAAGGGGGUCGAGGCUGGUCCUGACCAGGUAGUAUGAAGACUGACUUGUUGUAUGGGGUUACACCGGAUGCUACCAGUGUUCAUAAGGUUAAAGCAAACUCAAAGACCCAAUGAUAUUCCAGCCUGUAUUGAAGCAUAUCUCCUAUACUGCCACCCCCAACAAACCAUAAAAGUUCUCGAGUCGAAACCCUGGACACCCAGUUUUCCCCAUUCAGAGCCCAUCUAAAUAAACCAACUCACUACUACCCCCCAGUUAUAUAGUCUAAACUCCACAUUCUGGAACUGAAGUUCAGACUCUCAAGGAUCCCCAUGCGUCAGAUGUGUUUUGCACUUUUUUUUUUUUUUUUUUUUACUCCUGCGUUUGAAGUGGCUCAGAGGAGCUUGAUGCUGAUGUAUAUUUUUGUGCUAACUACAAUUUUGUUGUCGGAAUGUCCAUGUUAACCUAAAGCGCUUGGAUUCGGCUAGAGAACAUCUGCGGGUUUUUGGUGUAACCGCCUCGCGUGGACAAGUCAGGCAUUCCAGGAACGUGGUUCUUUUCAGAACUUGUCUUUUUAAGGGUCGGUUAACUACCUCAGUAGAGAGGAUUCAACUACCCUGCCUGUACUGUAAAUAGGGACGUGUCGAAGCAUAGGAGCAGGGCUUGUUUCUUAUGAAAUAUGCACAAGGGCAGCACAUAUUCUUAAUGUAAUAUAGUCAAUCUGCUGCUGCUCUGACAUUGCAAACAGUAAAACUGGGCAUGCAAAUGAAUCUCAUAUGAUGAGCUGGAACAAGCCCUGCUUUUAUCCUCCUUUCAACUGAAUUAGCUGCCUUGCUUCUUCAGAUUAUGUAGUUACUGGGUGUAUGAUUGUAUGAUAGUUUGGAAUAAAAUGUUACUUUUGUAUUGGCUUAAACAUCACAAAUGCAUCCACUGCAUUUGCUAAGCCCUGCAGUGUCCUUUUUUCUGCCAAUGCUGGACGGCGAACACCAGUCGAAGAGCAAUGAAUUAUGUAGGUUUUAUAAUCAAUCAUGACUUUAGACGAGCGAUAUUAACGCUUGCCAGGCUUGCGUUCGUUCGCAGGCAAGAGAUGAACUGGUUUUUGUGGAAAAAGGGAUACUGCAGCUUCAGUUUAUAUUCCAUAUAUAGCAAGCAGGUGACCGAACCAUUCAACCGGUUUUGUACACAGUUAACUCCCUCUCGAUAAAGCUGUAACAUUGCAACCUUUUGAAAAGAUGUGUGAGCAGUUUUAAACUAUUGUUGGUGGCCAACAACGUUUUUGCAUUCCAGCAAAUAAAUUGUUUUAUACUGUAAAAUGAGGUGAGUGUAACUUAUUUUUGUAAUAAAGGUUUUGAAUUCUAUCUUAAAA